AUGGAGUCAGACAUCUCACAAGCCUUCCAGAAAGAACUCACCUGCUUCAUUUGCCUGAGCUGCCUGACAGACCCAGUCACCAUAAGCUGUGGUCACAGCUUCUGUCGAGCCUGCCUCCAUCUGUCCUGGGAAGACAUCCAACCUCCUGUCCGAUGCCCUUUGUGCAGAGAACAAUAUGGGAAGGAAUUGAGAACCAACAUUGUUUUGAAGAAGCUGGUGUCCAUUGUCAGACAAGCCAGCCUCAUGAAGGACCUGAGCUCUGAGGAGCAAAAGUGUGUGACCCACGAGGAUACUAAGAAGAUCUUCUGUGCUGAGAACAGGAUCUUCCUCUGUCCACUCUGCUCAAACUCCCAUGAGCACAGAGGACACAGACACUGUCCCAUUGAAGCAGCUGCUGAGGAUCAAAUGGACACAAUUUUGAAGCAAAUGACAUCCUUAUGGGAGAAGGUCCAAGAAAAUCAAGAGAAUUUAGAGGCAGAAAACAGAAUGAGAACUCUUUGGACGGACUACUUGACUCUUCGGGAACAAAUGAUCAGGACAGAGUAUAGGAAACUGCAUCCACUCCUCUGUGAAGAGGAAGAGAAACACAUUGAGUCUAUGAGAAACGAAGGCCAAUGUGUUUUAGAGAAACUCAAGACAAGUGAAUCCAAGAUGGUCCAAAAGAGUAAAGAACUAAGAGAAAUGUACCAGGAACUGAUGGCAAAGUCCCAGGAGCCAUCUGUGGUUCUGCUGCAGUCAAUGCAGCUGAGCAUGCCACAGCCUAUUAAGACAGAACUCAAUGCCUUACCCAUCACUGGACUGACGGAAAGUUACAACCAGUUCCAAGUGCGCAUUUCCUUACCAAACAUAACAAUGAUCCAUCACAAGAUCAACCUGUUUAAUGCCAUGAGAACAUUGAGCUUCAGAACUCACCGUAAAGAUACAUCUGCGGAUUAUGCUGGAUGCUAUUCUGCUACAUGGAGUUCACAGAGCUUCAUCUUAGGGAAAUAUUACUGGGAGAUUGAUUUGAAUGACUCUUGGGACUGGGCUGUAGGAGUCUGUAAGGAUUCCUUGUUAAGGAAUAGAAACCAAGUGAUUGAACCUGAAGGUGCUUUUCUUCUUGUGUGUGUGAAGGAGGGUAAUCAUUACAGUCUCCUCACCACAUGCCCAGUAUUCCAGCACUAUAUAGAGAAGCCACUGGGCCGAGUUGGUGUGUUCCUUGAUUGUGAGGAGGGAUGUUUAAGUUUUGUGAAUGUUGCCAAGAGUUCCCUCAUACACAAGUACCCUUCUGGCACCUUCAAAAACCCUGUCUGGCCUUACUUCUCCACGGGGAAAUCUGAGAUCCAGUACCAUAGACAGACUUUUGAAGCAAAUGGCAUCUUUAUGGGAGAAGGUCCAGGAAAAUCAAGAGAAUUUAGAUGCAGAGAACAGAAUGAGAACUCUUUUUACGGGUUUGGACGACAUGUUCAGAAGGGUUUGGACGACAUGUUCAGAAGAAAUGAGUCAAUGCAGCUAAGCAUGCCACAGCCUAUUAAAAUAGAACUCAAUGCCUUACCCAUCACUGGACUGACCGAAAGUUACAACCAGUUCCAAGUGCGCAUUUCCUUACCAAACAUAACGAUGAUCCAUAACAAGAUAAACCUGUUUAAUGCCAUGAGAAUACUGAGCUUCAGAACUCACCGUUGCGCAAGGCAACACAGUAUGAGGAACAGAUUACCAAGAGCCACCAAGAGCAUUGUGGAAGCCUCUGCUCCCAUUCUUAUGAGUCCCAGAAAUAGACCAAGCUACACAACUAUCUAUAUUGAGAGAACUUAUGUUAGUCCCAUGCUCAUAGGCUCCCUGUCUGUUGGUUCCGAUGAGUCAGGACACAAUUUUGAAGCAAAUGACAUCCUUAUGGGAGAAGGUCCAAGAAAAUCAAGAGAAUUUAGAGGCAGAGAACAGAAUGAGAACACUUUGGACGGGUUUGGACGACAUGUUCAGAAGGUAUUCCCAGCAGAAAGAAGACAAGUAACUACUAUUGCCUUCAAGAGUCAAGGGGCAGAACAGUGGGAUGUGAAUGACUAA